AUGAUUUUAUUCAACCACAUGGGUUAUUUCAUUUCCUUGUUUGCUACAGUUUCCUGUGGAUGUCUGAAUCAACUGUAUAAAAAUAGCUUCUUCAGAGGUGGGGACAUAGCUGCCAUAUACACCCCAGAUGUCAACUACUGUCAGAAGAUGUGCACAUUUCACCCCAGGUGCUUGCUCUUCAGCUUUCUCUCAGUAAGUCAGACCAAGGAGCCAGAUAGAAGGUUUGGUUGCUUCUUGAAAGACAGUAUUACAGGAACCUUGCCAAGAUUGCAUCGGAUGGGUGCCAUUUCUGGUCAUUCUUUAAAGCAGUGUGGCCACCAAAUAAGUGCUUGCCACCAAGAUAUAUAUGAAGGACUUGAUAUGAGAGGCUCCAACUUCAAUAUAUCUAAGACCAACAGUAUUGAAGAGUGCCAGAAACUGUGCACCAACAAUAUUCACUGCCAAUUUUUCACGUAUGCUACAAAUGCAUUUCACAGCCCUAAGUACCGGAACAAUUGCCUGCUGAAACAUAGUUCAAGUGGAACACCCACCAGUAUAAAGACACUGGAUAACCUGGUAUCUGGAUUCUCGCUGAAGCCCUGUGCCCUUUCAGUGAUUGGUUGCCCCAUGGAUAUGUUCCAGAACUUUGCCUUUGCAGACCUAGAUGUGGGCCAGGCCAUCACCCCUGAUGUUUUUGUGUGUCGCACCAUCUGCACCUUCCACCCCACCUGCCUUUUCUUCACAUUCUAUACGAGCAAAUGGAAGAUAGAAUCCCAGAGGAAUGUUUGCUUUCUUAAGACAUCUAAAAGUGGUACUCCAAGUCCCUCUGUUCCUCAAGAAAAUGCUAUGUCUGGUUAUAGUCUCUUCACCUGCAGAAGAUCUCGACCUGAACCCUGCCAUUUCAAAAUUUACCCUGGACUUGACUUUGGAGGGGAAGAACUGAAUGUGACCUUCGUGCAGGGAGCAGAAGUGUGCCAAGAGACUUGUACAAAGACAGUUCGCUGUCAGUUCUUCACUUACUCAUUACUCCCACAAGACUGCAAGGUGGAGGGGUGCAAAUGUUCCUUAAGGUUAUCCAUGGAUGGCUCUCCAACUAGGAUCACCUACGGUGCCCACAGGAGCUCUGGUUAUUCUUUGAGAUUGUGCAAAGCUGUGGACAGCUCUGUCUGCUCAACAAAAACAAAUACAAGAAUUGUGGGAGGAACAAACUCUUCUUUAGGGGAGUGGCCAUGGCAGGUCAGCCUGCAAGUGAAGCUGGUAUCUCAAAAUCAUCUGUGUGGAGGAACCAUCAUUGGACACCAGUGGGUUGUGACAGCUGCCCAUUGCUUUGAUGGGAUCCCCUACCCAGAUGUGUGGCGUAUCUAUGGUGGGAUUCUUAAUCUCUCAGAGAUUACAAAAGAAACGCCUGCGUCAAGAAUAAAAGAACUUAUUAUUCAUCAGAAAUACAAAGUCUCAGAAAGCAACUACGAUAUUGCUCUAAUAAAGCUUCAAACACCCUUGAAUUAUACUGAAUUCCAAAAACCAAUAUGCCUGCCUUCCAAAGAUGACACAAAUACAAUUUAUACCAACUGUUGGGUGACUGGAUGGGGCUACGCCAAGGAAAAAGGUGAGAUCCAAAAAAUUCUACAAAAGGCAAGUAUUCCUUUGGUUCCAAAUGAAGAAUGCCAAAAAAAAUACAGAGACUACGUUAUAACCAAGCAGAUGAUCUGUGCUGGUUACAAAGAAGGCGGGACAGAUGCUUGUAAGGGAGAUUCCGGUGGCCCCUUAGUUUGUAAACACAAUGGAAUAUGGCAGUUGGUGGGCAUCACCAGUUGGGGUGAAGGCUGUGCCCGCAGGGAUCAACCUGGAGUUUACACCAAAGUUUCUGAGUACAUGGACUGGAUAUUGGAGAAGAUACAGAGCAGUGGUGGAAACACUCAGGAGAUGUCUCCAGCAUGAGAAGUCUGGGCGGUAAGGAAGAACCCAGCUGGAACCAG